CAGAGCUUCUGAGGAAGGACCCAGUCGAACCCAGAAACCCAACGACACCGUUAAGGUUGCGGAAGCCAUUUUCAUUUGAACUUAUUGCCCCGCUUCAAGCUUUUGGAGCAGAAGACGAAGAAGAAGAAGAAGAAGCACAGGACCGACUGAGUCAUUCCGUCCAGAGGAAUCCGUCCGUCGUAUAAACCCGACUGAUGAUGGACUAGCAAAUGGAAAGCACUUUCAAACCGAAGGAAAGAGAAACAAUUCAAAAGGGUGCAGAGAGACUGACUUUGAAAGAGAGAUGAAAACUUUGGGUAAGUCAAAGAAAGCUAAGAGAAAGGAAAAGGAGGAUCAUGGCCCAUCAAAAAAAUGUAAGAAGUCACUGAAAAAAGGAGAAGCCGAUCUUGAUGAGGUUUGUCAUCUCUCUCCUGUGGACAAGGACUGCUCAAAAGUGAUGAAGGGUAAGUCCAAGAAAGUGAAGAUAAAGAGAAAGAAGGAUAAGGAUUCAUCCAAGGAGGCUGAAAAGUCCCAGGAAAAGGCAAUAGAAGUUGAUCAAGAUGAUGUUUAUCAAAUCUCAUCUGGGGACGAGGACUGCACGAAAGGAAUGAGAAAAUGGAUUACAAAAUACCACCAAAGUAGACCAGGACUGAUGAUAUUGCAGCAAAAAAUUGACGAGUUUAUAACUUCACAUGAGGCACAACUAGAACAGGAAAGGAAAGAAAGAGAAGCCCAAGCUGCUGGGGGUUGGACAGUUGUUGUACAUCAUAAAGGAAGGAAAAAGACAACAGAUGCUGAAAGUGGAACUACUGUGGGCUCAAUAGCACAGGCUGCUGUGGAGGAUAAGAUGGUCAAGAAGAAGCAUAAAGAAGUGGGCUUAAAUUUCUACCGCUUUCAAAGAAGAGAAGCCCAGAGGAAUGAGAUUAUGAUGUUGCAGAGCAAGUUUGAGCAGGAUAAAAAGAGGAUACAACAGUUGAGGGCUUCGAGGAAAUUUCGACCUUACUAAACACUGCACGGUUGAAAGAACAGCCAGUGGCCGAAGCAUUAGAAAUUUUGCCCCGAAUAUCUAUUUUGUGGCCCCUUCUGGAGAAAUCAGCUAGCGUAACAUGUGGUGAUCCAUACGGUUUCAGUAAUCUUUGUCAUGCCAGAAUUUAAUGCCGACCGAAUUUUGCAGUUUGAGUUUUAAGGAAGUUCGAGUUAACCGGGUUGUAUGGCACUAACAUAGAAUUAGUUUAUAUUGCCAGUUUGAAAAA